GCUGAAUUCCCGUAAAUGAGGGGAGAGCGAGAGAGGCAGCAGGGGAGGGGUGACAGCUCAGGGAGCUUAAACCACGUGGCCGCUCCACAUACCGGAAGUAAGCAAACUCUGGCCUCUGCCAAGAUGUCUGCGCCCGAUGAGGACACGUUUGCCGAGGAAGGAGGCGAGAUGGAGGAGAUGGACGAAGCGGGCAGCGAUGAUGAUGAAGGAGUAGAGAUGGAGGAGGAAGGAGCGGAUGGAGUGGGGGAGAAAAAAGUGUACGUCCCCGGGAUCGAGCCGCUGAAGCCCGGAGAGGAGCUGGAGAUGGACCGAUCCGCGUACCGCAUGUACCACGAGUGCCAAACAGGUGCGCCAUGUCUGAGCUUUGACAUCCUGAGAGAUGGAGACGGAGACGGCAGGGAGCAGUUUCCUCUGUCCAUGCUGCUCUGUGCGGGCACACAGGCGGACACAGCUCUGAGCAACAGACUUCUCGUCAUACGCAUGCAUAACCUUCAUGGAACAGAGAAAGAGAAAGAGGGGGAGGAAAGUAGUGAUGAAGAAAGUGAUGACGAGGAGGAGGAGGAUGAAGAUAAGAAGCCACAGAUGGAACUGGCCAUGAUGCCUCACUAUGGGGGGAUUAACAGAGUCAGAGUUACCCGACGUGGAGAGCGGUCGUUGGCUGCUGUCUGGUCAGAGAAGGGACAAGUAGAAAUAUUUGACCUCCAACCUCAGCUAGACGCUGUCCACAGUUCUGCUGCUAUGGCAGCUUUCGUCAAACAGCAGAAGGAAGCCACAGCUCUCUUCAGUUUCACAGGACACAUGACUGAAGGCUUUGCAAUUGAUUGGUCACCCACAGUACCUGGUCGUCUUGCCAGUGGAGACUGCAAAAAGAAUAUCCAUGUGUGGGAGCCACGAGAGGGAGGAACUUCUUGGCAGAUUGACCAACGACCUUUCAGCUCCCACAGCAAGUCUGUGGAGGAUCUGCAAUGGUCGCCCACUGAAGCUACAGUUUUUGCAUCUUGUUCGGUGGAUCGGUCUAUUCGUGUCUGGGAUAUCCGUGCCCCGCCCAAUUCAAUGCUUUCAGCCAAUGACGCUCACUCAUCAGACAUCAAUGUGAUCAGUUGGAACAGGAGCGAACCAUUCAUCCUGUCAGGAGGGGACGAUGGGCUUCUGAAAGUAUGGGACCUACGACAGUUUAAGACUGGGCGGCCUGUGGCGAACUUCAAGCAGCACAGCGCUCCCGUCACAUCCGUGGAGUGGAGCCCCGUGGACUCAAGCGUGUUCGCUGCCUCAGGAGCGGACGACGUCGUCAGCCAGUGGGAUCUGUCUGUGGAGUCAUGUGAUGUGGGUGCCAGGGUGGAGGGGGUGAAGGACUUACCCCCUCAACUACUGUUCCUGCACCAGGGUCAGUCAGAGAUCAAGGAGAUCCACUGGCACCCACAGAUACCUGGUGUCAUGAUCUCCACGGCUCUGUCAGGAUUCAAUGUGUUCAGGACAAUAUCCGUGUAGUGUGUGUGUGUGUGUGUGUGUUUGAGAGAGAGAUGAUUUUUGCAUUUACAUGAGUAGUACACAUUUAAUGUGUAUGUGUAAUGAGCUGCAAACCCCAAUAUGUUUAAUAAUGUACAUAACUCAGCUGUGUAGGUAAUAAUUCUACUUCUUUUUUGACAUUUACUGGCCAACAUAGGCGCCAUAUGGUGUUAUAGCCUUUACUGUUGAACUUUCAGUCUGUAUGUUUUACAGAUGUGUGAACUAUUUUAGGCAUUCCCUAUUGCAUGCUUAAAAUAAACUGUUUAAAACCAUA